AUGGGCAACACAUACACGAUUGAACUGCUUCAUAAGAUGCGUGCGCAUCCUACGUUUUACGUCGCUUCGUCUCCGCCCGUACUAUCAGUACGAGCCCGUUUCGAGUGCGAAGAACACAUCCGCGGUCGAGAGCCGAGACCACCUUCGAGUGGUCCCGUUUCAACGAGCCAGUCUGGUCGACUAGCGAAGCGACCUGUUCACGCAUUUCAGCGAUGUUUCGACGAGCUACAGCCAGCUCAUCACGAAGAGAAUGAGUCGAACGUUCGUUCUCAAGUUGCGCGAACGCAAAAGCGGCACGAUCGUCCGAACGAUCGUGCGUUAGAGAAUUAUAAUUAUCCCUCACAAGAUCACCAAGCCCAUAACGCCGAGUCCGUUCUUGAGCCAGGUCAUCUUGCAACUGUUCCGUUACACGGUUCAGCUCUUGAACAUCAAGCUGAUCCGACUCUCGAGCCGGAUCGGCUGUUCCCGCUGCCACCACAUCCUUUGGUGAACUCAGGCGGUGGUCCACGCUUCCUAGUGGAGCCUAUUUUGAACCACCGCGACGUGAAUGGCGUCCGGACGAGUUACCUCGUCCGCUGGAGUGGCUAUCCACCGGCCUGGGACAUCUGGGAGCCUCGUGCCCAGCUGAUUGAUGAUGUCCUUGGUCUCGUCGAGCAGUAUGACGAGACCCACCCGUUGCGUUUGAAAAAGGGCCGUCGGAAAACGACCUCCCCAAACGCGAGUACAGGGAUUGCAAGGUGUCAAUCCCUUUGGCCAUCUUGGAAGAGAUGCGCGCCCUCCAGUAGGGAUCAUUAG